CGCCAUCUAGUCUAGCAAACAAACAGGCUCUUCUCCUUCGUCGCCGCGCCGAUGGCUACCGCAGAUCCCGCCACCUCCCGCCGCCCCACCCCGCCCUUCUCCCCUGACAAGGACGGCAUCCUCUGCGCCUCCUCCCCUUCCGACGGCUACCUCUCCACCUCUGACGUCAACGCGGGGAAGAUCGCAUCAGCGGCCUCCCUGAUGAGCUGCUCUCCAACAUCGUCGCGCGCCUCCCCCUCAAGGACGCCGCGCGCACAGCCGUGCUCUCCCCGCGCUGGCGCCGUGUCUGGGCCUCCACACCCCUCGUUCUUUGCGACGUUGACCUCUUCCCGGUGCUCACCGAUGGUAGGUUCGUGCCGACCACCAUCAUCGAUGCCAUCUGAUGCAUCCUCGCCGUGCAUCAGGGCCCCUUCCGCUCCAUCUGCCUCACAUACAGCUUCCACCGCGCGGUAGCCCGUGACGUCGCGCUCGCGUGCAGGUGGCUCCGCGUCCUCGCUGACAAUACCUCCACGAGCCUCCCAUCAGAAGUACUCUUUGUCGCCUCCCUUGUCCGCCUCGACCUAAGGCACUGGGACUUCCCUAGCACUGAUUGCUUUCCCCGCGCUUCCUAUGUCUUCCCACGCCUGCGUGAGCUCUAUCUCCGGGACAUCCACAUUGGGGCCACCGACAUUGACCGUCUCCUCCAGUACAGCCCUGAGCUGGAGGUCUUUGCACUCAUUGACAGCAAUUGCAUGCACCCAAUGUUUGCAUCCGCAAUCGCAAACUCUAGUGCGUCAUCUUCUGGAUGUCUGUUGCCAACAUGUUCCAAGUGCUUUUUGCCCCGAGCCUUGAGCGUCUCAUCUUCUGGUGCCCGAUACCCGAUGUCCAGCACAUCCACGGUUCCCCCAUCCGGCUCAGCAUUGGGUACACCAACAACCUUAAGGUGCUUGGCUACUUGGAUCCAAGAAUCCACGAGCUCGAGGUUCGCAGCACGGUCAUCAAGGCUGAAACAAAACCAGGACCAUACUCUGUCGCUCCAAGUGUCAGUAUUCUGGCCCUAAAUGUGCGCUUUGAUGUUCCCAAGGAGGCCCAGAUGGUGCCUAGCUUUCUGGGAUGCUUUCCUUUUAUCCACACUUUGCACGUGCAGUCUGCUGGAGGUGAUGAGCCCAUUGGAGAGCCCAAUUUCAAGUUCUGGCUGGAGGCUAGCCCCAUCAAGUGCUUGAAGUCAACACUGAGAAAGGUGGUGGUCAAGAACUUCCGAGGGUAUGACAGUGAGUUUUCAUUCCUUAGGUUCAUAUGGGAGAGGGCAAAGGUGCUUCAGAAAUUGGUCAUCGAUUUGGCAAGUGGAGAUGAUCCUGCUUUGAUUAAGGAGAUCAUCACCAAGCUGAAAUCUCAAGCUUGUGUGAGAAGGGUGAAAGGCCGCAAGGCAACAUUUAUGUUGCGUUCUGGAGGAAGAAAAUGGUGCUUAAACAUAGCAUCCAACCUUACCCUCAGUGACCCGUUUGAUUUCUGAUUGUCGCCCUGGAAAGCAAGAGUACCUUUCAACAGGGAAACCACAUUCUCAAACUGAUUAACUUCUUAUGUUAGUGAUCCUAUGUUCAGAACUUGAAAGUUUUCUUCAUGUGAUCAUUAUUGUCUGCACAAUUUGGUACUGUUUGAUGGAAUAAAAAUGUUUACUGGUCACUAUUCAUAUUCA